ACUCGCGUUGACCUGAGUCGUCCCAUACCCAUAAUCCACCGCGGUAGUUGCCAGUGGAAAAAAUGGCGGCGAGGGCACCAGGUAAAUGUCCGCUCCUCUCUGAUAAACAGUUUAAUAUUCACAUGUUAAAUUGUGUUUUAUAGCAGUAAAGCUUCAAUCGUUUUACAAUGUAAGGUUUAGCAGUGCGAUAUGUGAGAUAAGUCGAGUUUAUUGAAAGCUUUGGAGCUCUGAACGUGUGUGUGUCCUUUAGUGUCCCCGUCCGAUCGAAUGCUAAUGGUGCUGGUGAAGCUAAUGUUAGUAAAGCUGAAGCGAUUAAAACAUUAAGGACAUUAAAGCUUUUGAUAGACACUAAACUAAGCUGUGGUUGUAAGGAAAAAAAUCAUUUGAUUGUUUGAUUUAACUCUUUUUGAUCGCACUGAGCUGUCUUGUUUUACUGCUGUAAAGGUCUUGACUUGGAUGUAAUCUGUUACACCGGCGUAUUGCUGAUUUUCCACAUCAAUAUGUUAAAUGUUAAAAGAAAUAUAUAGAUUGUGUUACUCGAGGCGUUAUGUUUUAAGCAGGUUAUAAUCUGUAAAUUAUUAAUAUAUUGUCAUUAAAAUUGGAGUUCAAGAAGGGCCGAUGUACCGCUUACAUUUGUGACCCUUCUAAGUGGGGACUUCCGGCGUCAGUACUUGACGCACUGACGAAAUGUAGGAAACUAAACAGUCGGCCUAGACUGACGUCUACGUUCAUCUUUUUUUUCGUCUUUUUGAAGCUCAAAAUUCACAUUUUUAAAUCAGAUGGAAAGAUAAACUAAAAACCCAGGUGUAUAGACUCAAACACUUUAAAACAAAUCUUUAGUAUAUUAUAUAUGCUUUAUAUGACACAACAUAUGUCCGUAACACAGUUGACAAAAUGAUAAACCAAAUGUUCAUUUUCAUUAGAAUAAUUAAGUUAUAAAUAAGUUAUUUGAGCUUAGGCUUGCCGAUUAAUUGAUUUAGCACAUUGAGGAUGUAUAUCAUAGAAACAUCAGAGAAUACUGAUAUUUCAAUACCGAAUUGAAAUGUACCCCUAAUUGUAAAAUGACUCAUAUACUGACGCCAAACUUAAUCUAUGUUCAUCUUUUCUGUGUUGUGUUUUUUACAGUUGCAUCAGGCAGGCUUCUGCUGGGUUUCCGCAAAUGGUACUAUAAUCUGUGUGGUUUCAACAAGCUUGGUAAGCUAAAUGAAGCUAAAUGAAGUAAAUCAGUGCCAUCUGAUUUUGAAUAUGAAUCUCCGAAGCUGUUUUUUUUUUUUGCAUCAAAAUCUGACUUUAAAUUUUGAAACUAUUGAAUUUCAAGCAUGCAUUUUUAUUUCUUACACUUGUGUUUUUUCACAAUGAUGAAAUAAAUUCAGAGUAAAAAAUUCAGUCGCUCAAAAAAUUUGUGUAAAAAGUUGACUGAAAAAAAAACUAAAAAAAAUUCAACAUGAAAAAUUUUUAGUGUCAAAAAAUACAGUGUCAAAAUUUUGUUGAUUUAUGUUGAUUUUUUUUUUUUUUACACAUUUUUAAGUUAAAUUUUUACUUAAAAAAUCUUCUGAGAGACUGAUUUUUUUACACUGAAUUAAUUUCAUCAUUCUCAUAAAAACUAAGUAUAAGAAAUAAAAAUGCUUGCUUGAAAUUCGAUGGUUUUGAAAUUCAAAGUCAGAUUUUGAUGCAAAAAAAAUAUUCAGCUUUAGAAAUUCAAAUUCAAAAUCAGAUGGCACUGAUUUACUUCCAUACUCCACCAUUUACAUUUUCCUGAUCAAAACACGCAGGGGAACAUUAUUUUCUAGGCUUUACAAGGUUGUACAGUAGGUCACUUCUUCCAGCUUCUACAGCGAUACCUGUUUUCUGUCCAGGUUUGAUGCGCGAUGAUACGGUCUACGAAGACGCCGACGUGCAAGAGGCCCUGAGGAGGCUACCGGAGAAUCAAUACAAUGAGAGGAUGUUUAGGGUCAAGAGAGCCCUGGAUCUUUCCAUGAAGCAACAAAUCCUUCCUAAAGAGCAGUGGACGAAAUUUGAAGAGGUAGAUUGAAUUCAUAUUGAUUUUAUUUGAAGGAUGAAAGGUGUCAUAUGAGGGAGAACUUCAUACACUUGUCUCACCCAUCAGUAUGUACUUUAAAAGGGUUUUUGACAGGUGAAAUAUAGGUCUGAAAAUGCAAACUCACAUUUCUUGUCCAUUCCCUUUAGGAUGUCCAUUAUUUGACACCAUACCUGGAAGAGGUGAUCCGUGAAAGGAAAGAAAGGGAGGAGUGGAUGAAAAAAUAGACCCGGACAAAGGUGUUAAUUCUGGUCUUCGGUCAGUUUAUGAUUGUUCCCUGGUGUUGUAUUUAAAAUGAAAUGUGAUCUAUGUAAAGAGACAGUACCCAUUAAACAAAACUACAUUUUGGAGGGUGUAAAAGUGGUCUCAUUUUUUUUUUAACUAUAGAAAUAAAAGGU